GGUCAGCGUAGGUAGCUGGUGGCUACCCGGGCCAGUAUGGACGAGAAACGGGCCAAGAAUGUGGUGGCCAUGCUCCGGGCCGUACUGCAGAGCUCUAAGGAGGGAGUGCUGGCCAGCAGAGUGCAAGGAGAAUACCGGGGCAUCACAGGAGAGUUCCUCCCAUACAAGCAGCUGGGGUUCCACUCACUGGACGCUUACAUGCAGAGUAUUCCCGAUGUGGCAAGGAUAGCUAGAAACAGAGAUGGUGAGGUUGUGUACCAUGCAGUGGCUGAUGCCAGCACCCUACACAUACAGAGGCUCAAGGCAGGGGAGAAGUCCAACAAGAGGAGAAAACCAAGCAAAGGGUUUAAGUACAAUAUACAAAGGAGACCAACUCAAACCCACCACCACUCUUACAAGAAACCCCCCAGUCCCUAUUUCCAACGGUUUCACCCGAGCCCCAAAACCUUCGGCAGCCGAUCCUCAAUCCCACCUUCCUUUCUUGGAAGGCCACCCUCUCUCGGCUGGCCAAUCACAUCCUCUGUUAGAACCUACCUCCCACCACAGCCAAUCAGGUCCUUUGUUCCAAUCAACGUCAGUAGGCCUCAGCCAAUCAGGACUUCUGUCACAAGACCUGUCCCUGCAGCCCAACCAAGCAAGCCUGCCAUUGGACAAACACAGGUAGAAAGGAAGAACAGUUUUGAGGUUCCGCCCAGGUUCCAGAAACAGAUGGAUCAGGCACAGAACACGGUUAACAACAUGCUGCCAUCUUCUGCUACAAGUGCACCCUCAGUCAACUCUACAAGUCCUGUUUCAGACCAGAAGCCUUAUAAGUCAGUCCUGAAUGAGUAUUGCCAGAAACACUCCUACUCCCCGCCCCACUACGUCACCACUCUGGAUAUGCAGCGGGGCAAGGAAAACAGAUUCAUUGGUCAAGUCACCGUCAACGGCUUAGUCAUCUGGUGCCCUGACUCUGCGAGUUGCAGCAGUAAAAAAGAGGCUGAGCACACCGCAGCAAAGUUGGCACUGCAACACUUUGGUGUCGUUGUGCAGUCAAACGAAGAGAUCACAAAGUCACCAGCUGAGGUGACACAGAAUGCCCCAAAGAAGCCCCAACCCUCUCCAGCCCCGCCCAAAGCUCUGCCCAGGUCCAAAGGGGAAGAGGAACUAGCAAAGAUGAUCAGACAGCUUUUCAAGAACCGCCCCAAGGGAAUCUGGGCAGCCAGACUGCCAGCUGAGUUCAAGUCCAAGUUCAAAGAGGAUUUCCCAGACUAUGCCAAGGACAAACUCAAGUUCUGGCCGGAUGUUGUGAGAACUGACAGUUCCAAUGGUCCCCUCAUGUACUUCCCAGUACAAGAGCAUGCAGAGGAAACACCAGUGAGAGCAGAGAGCCCCAAACCACAGCAGAACCUAAACGGAAACCACCAGCCCAAACCUGAUAGCAACGAGUUCUUAGCAAAGAUGAUGAACAAGUUUCAGCACACGAAGACCAUGAGCAUCACCAUCCAGGGGAAUGGCGGGGUAAAAGAAGAAGAAGAGGACGAAACAGAGGACUUAAGUUCCAUCAAGUCUGUAGUAAAUGUGGUAGUCCGUCCAGCUGAAUUGCCUGCUGUGGGGACGAAGCUACAAGUGUUUGUGUCCCACUUCGAGAGCCCCGACUGUUUUUACGUCCAAUGCACAGACUGCGCCAUUGACAAUAUUCAGAAAAUCAUGAUGGAACUGUACAAGGAUGAGUGGAUAGCUCCUCCGUCCAGUUACAGCCCAGGUACCAGCUGUGCAGCUCAGUACACCCUCGACAACAACUGGUGUCGUGCAGUUCUCAUGCAGCCGCCAGAGGGAGCUGUUUGUGAUGGGGAAGAUUGCUAUUAUGUCCAGUAUGUAGACUUCGGAAACAGUGAGUUUGUUGGGAAGAAGAGGAUCCAGAGACUGGUAGUGAGAGCUGUGGAGCACCCCGCACAGGCACUCCCCUGUCAGCUACACAUGGUACGGUCCAACACUACAUGGAGCCAGGCUGCAAAAGACAGGUAA